AUGGAGAUUGAGCAGAGGGCUCAGGAACAGCGCAUGCAGAUCGAGUCUACUGCUAGCCAGUUGUGCAUGCAGGCUCAGCAACAGAAGCUUCAAAAGGAGAUGAGCGACCGCAUGGCCAAGCUCCAGAAGGAACAGGCCGACCGUGAGGCUAAGGCCCAGAUGACGAUGCCCACCUUGCCUCAGCAGACUACCGUCACCGGCUCUUACGUCCCCCCCGCCCAGUACAGUACUCUCUCUGCUCUCAUGCCUCAGCCUAUCUACGCUGAUGCCGGUGCUACCACUUUCUCCACAAUGGGUAACCUUUCCUCCUACCCCGGUAACAUCUCGUCUUAUCCCGGUAGUUAUGGUGGCACGCAUGGUUAUUCGGGCCAGCCACAGGUCAUCAGAACAGUUCGUGUGGUGAAUGAUACACAGCCUGCUCCAACUACUACCGUCUCUAGUUAG